AUGGAAAAGGGAUCUGGGAACCUCAAGCUUUUGGCUGAAUUGGAAGCAAUUUGCCAAGAUGUCAAAAAGAAACUACAUGAUCAUGCAUUUCCUGAAAUUCACUCAGGAGCCCUUUUACCGUGGAAAAUUAUCCAGUUACCUCAAGGGGAGUUAGCAGCACCAACGAAUGAUAUAAAUACGACGGUUGCUUUAGCUUUACUCACAUCAGUAGCAUAUUUUUAUGCGGGUCUUAGCAAAAAAGGAUUAGGGUAUUUCAGUAAAUACAUUCAACCAACCCCAAUCCUUUUACUGAUUAGCAUCUUAGAAGAUUUCACAAAACCUUUAUCACUUAGUUUUCGACUUUUCGGGAAUAUCUUAGCUGAUGGAUUAGUAGUUGUUGUUCUUGUUUCUUUAGUACCUUUAGUAGUUCCUAUACCUGUCAUGCUCCUUGGAUUAUUUACAAGUGGUAUUCAAGCUCGCCUGGGCAAUCUAGUUCAUUCAUAA